AUGUAUGUUUCAAAUCAGGGAAUACGAUGCAAACAUGUUUACAGCCCAAAUGUUGGCCAGUCUUCUUACAGUAUUAAUAGACAAUUUUUUUCUUUUCCUAAGGUUGACAAAGAACCAAAUGUGACUGAGGGUGUCGAGGUUGAGCAUGCUGGCUCAUCUGAUCAAGCUCCACCUAAGUCCAAGUCCUCCAAGAAAAAGGUUGACAAAGAACCAAAUGUGACUGAGGGUGUCGAGGUUGAGCAUGCUGGCUCAUCUGAUCAAGCUCCACCUAAGUCCAAGACCUCCAAGAAAAAGGUUGACAAAGAACCAAAUGUGACUGAGGGUGUCGAGGUUGAGCAUGCUGGCUCAUCUGAUCAAGCUCCACCUAAGUCCAAGACCUCCAAGAAAAAGGUUGACAAAGAACCAAAUGUGACUGAGGGUGUCGAGGUUGAGCAUGCUGGCUCAUCUGAUCAAGCUCCACCUAAGUCCAAGUCCUCCAAGAAAAAGGUUGACAAAGAACCAAAUGUGACUGAGGGUGUCGAGGUUGAGCAUGCUGGCUCAUCUGAUCAAGCUCCACCUAAGUCCAAGACCUCCAAGAAAAAGGUUGACAAAGAACCAAAUGUGACUGAGGGUGUCGAGGUUGAGCAUGCUGGCUCAUCUGAUCAAGCUCCACCUAAGUCCAAGUCCUCCAAGAAAAAGGUUGACAAAGAACCAAAUGUGACUGAGGGUGUCGAGGUUGAGCAUGCUGGCUCAUCUGAUCAAGCUCCACCUAAGUCCAAGACCUCCAAGAAAAAGCAACACCUUUCUAGGUCUUCAGCUGAUUCCAGCUUUUUGGAUGAGGAUCACUUGCUCAUCCCUAAGUUAAGAAGGACCAAAAGUAUUCAAAUGAAGAAACUUGAUUAUUUUGAGUCCGAUGACCUGUUUGACCCUUCAUCAAAUGAGAGUGAAGAAGAAUAUGUCCCUAAAAGUAGUGAAGAAUACAGUGAAGACACUGACACAAGUGAAAUUAUAGAGACUGAUGAUCAGAAAAUUCUUCUUCUCAGACGUUUUAGGAAUAUUGAAGAUUUCACAGCUGCAUGUCCCCCUGUAAUGGAGCAAAACAUUAAUAACAAUUCUACCAAGCGAGGAUUUCAGAGAGGACGUUCACCUACAAAAAAGCGUGAAGAACAAACAAAAUACAAAAGGCGACAUUUCAGCUCUUCAAGCUGUCACACUAAAUCCAUAGAUAUGGCUCGAUCAACUGAUCAUAGUGGAAGUUCAAGUGAAGAAGGUAUUUCUGCUACAUCAGCACCUGUUGCAGAAGACAAUGGCCCUUACUCUUCAGUUGCACAGGAUGGAUUCCCUAACGCUCCUCCUCUCAUACCUGCUGUUGAGAAAAGUAAGAGUGGGUCACGCAUUUACAACAAAAGACAGUACUGUUUGUACUGUAAACAGGGAUUCAUAAAAAUUGCGAGGCAUUUGGAGCAUGUUCAUCAUGACAAACCCGAAGUUGCCAAAGCCACAGCUUUUCCUAAAGGCUCCAGCCAGAGAAAGUUACAUUUGGAACAUUUGAGAAAUAGGGGGAACUUUGCCCACAAUGUUGAGGUACUAAAUAGUGGUACUGGAACACUCGUCCCACGUAAGCAACCAAGCACAACAUCUGAACCACAAAACUAUCUUCACUGUACCUAUUGUCAAGGAUUGUUUGCAAAAAAAGUUCUCUGGAGGCACAUGACCAUCUGCAAGUUUAAACCAAACGCUGUCAAGAAACCAGGCAAAACACGUGUCCAGUCUCUUUGUGCCUUUACUGUAUCCCCUCCCCCAGGAGUAAAGACAGAGUUCUGGAAAUUGUUAAACGCCAUGAAUCAAGAUGAAGUUUACACUGCUGUAAAGUCUGAUGAACUCAUCAUAGAAUAUGGGCAGCAUCUUUACAACAGACUUGGAUUUGAUGCUUCAAGACAUGAGUAUAUUCGCCAAAAGAUGAGAGAACUGGGAAGAUUGUUGAUUAAUUCAAAGAAAACAACCCCCAUGAAGACAAUUGAGGAGCAUGUAAAGCCUGCAAAUUUCAUGUUGGUUGUAGAAUCGGUGAAAGACCUUGCUGGUUUUGUUGUUGAAACAAGCACUUACAAAUGCCCAAGUCUUGCUUUGAAGAUUGGAUAUAGCUUGAAAAAGAUAUCAGAGCUUGUUGAAAGUCGUGCAAAUGUACAGGGGAAUUCCAGAGCAGCCAAAGAUGCUCAUGCAUUCCAAAAAGUCUAUGACUCAAGAUGGAAUGAGUUUGUCUCAUCUGCAUCGCUGAGGACACUGCAGGAAUCAAAAUGGAAUGCUCCACAGUUGCUUCCCUUCACUAAAGAUGUGCAGACUCUUCAUUCGUAUCUCAGUGAACAACAACAACGUUUAUGCAAUGAACUGUCUACAGAAGCAUCUCCACAGGCCUGGGCAAGUCUGUGUAAAAUCACCCUUACUCAGGUGAUUCUGUUCAACAGGCGGCGAUCUGGAGAAGUAUCAAAAAUGCCCCUUUUGGCGUAUCUGUCCCCAAAUCCCAGUAGUGAUCAGGAUGAUCUAAAAGAGGCUUUAUCUGACCUUGAAAAAAAACUGUGUGAACAUUUCAGAAGAAUAGAAAUCAGAGGAAAAAGAGGCCGAAAGGUACCAGUCCUAUUGACUCCAGAAAUGCAGCAGUCGUUGGAUAUGCUCAUUAGCAAGCGGCAAGAAUGUGGGGUCCCUACAGAAAACGUACACUUAUUUGCAAGACCAUUAGCCAUGAGCUCUUAUCGUGGUUCUGACUGCCUUCGCUACUUUGCCAGCACCUGCGGAGCCAAAAGACCAGAUACACUCACGUCAACAAAACUGAGGAAGCAAACGGCAACUCUUUCUCAGAUCUUAAAUCUCAGUAAUACAGAGUUAGAUCAGCUAGCUAAUUUCCUUGGCCACGAUAUAAGAGUUCAUCGCCAGUUCUAUAGGCUCCCGGAAGGUACCCUUCAGCUAGCUAAAAUCAGCAAAGUCCUCAUGGCCCUAGAGCAAGGGCGUCUUGCAGAGUUUAAAGGCAAGGGCCUUGAUGACAUAGCCAUUGACCCUGAAGAAAGUGUGAAGUUGGACAGUGAGGAAGAGGCAGAGUUUGAGGCUGAUGCCAAGGAGGAUCAAGUUGCAUCCACUGGGGGACAGAUGCCAGAUAUGGACAAGAGAAAUGCUCAAACUGACCCUAGAACACCUUCGCAAGCUUUUACAAGCAAGUCACCCAAGAAGGGUAAAGGUCGCCAACCAUGCAAGAGGAGGACUUGGAAUAAAAGGGAGGUCCUUGCAGUCGAAAAGCACUUGAUGGCAUUCAUCAACACCUGUCGAGUUCCAGGGAAAGCAGACUGCGAUAAGUGUUUAAAACAGGAACCUGAUGCACUUAGACACAGAAAUUGGCUGGCGGUAAAGUUUUACGUUAAAAAUCGUAUAACAGCUCUUAAAAACAAAGUUUAAAAACAUUUAAUUUCAUGCUGCUUUUAGUUACUCAGCCAUGUCAUAGACAUUUCAGUUUGCUGUUGUCUUUUUUUUUUUAAUAUAGAGAUAAUAGUAUAUCUUUUAGUUUUGGCUUUGUUGCAAUACCUUUUUUUUACUGACCAUAAUUUCAAUUUGUACUUUUUAAGUUCAAUUGUUGGUUUGUCAAACAUUUACAGGAAAACAAACCAUCCUGUCAAGAGCUUGGUUAAGCAAUAAAUGUUCAUUCUUCAGCAUA